GUUCGCUGCCCAAAGGUGUCUGAUUUAUUCCUAAAAUAAUGCUGCAGUUUUUGAUUUAUUUUCAACUGAUUCUUCUUGGCGAAGCUUUUAUUAAGUUUAAAAGAGACUAUGAGUUCCGUUUUAUAUCCGGUAACUAUUCAGAAGGGGCAUCAACUUACAUCGAUUUGUCCCGCAUUCGCUUAUUGGGUCGCGAACGCUAUGUCAAUGGCACCGUGGAAUUGAAAUGCGAUUUUGGUGAUGAUAGAUUCUCGGUGUCGGCCGAAAGCUUCCUUGACUCCAAUGGAGAUGGUAAUUACAAGCAGUUGCCAAUGUUCGUUCCUCGCCAACCCAUCUGCAAGGCCUUGGAAUCCAGCUGGAAGUAUGCGGAAGGCUCUUUGAAAUACGGAGUGAACACAAAUUUGCCCAUCCAAAAUCAUCCAUGUCCCAUACCGAAGGGGAUAUACUACGUAAAAAACGCAUCCCCGCAAGCGGAUGAUUGGCCUGUCAUAGUGCCACGGGGCUUCCUUAAGGCAGUGGGCACCUUUUAUAAUAAUAGCAAAAUAGCCUUCAUUGUUGAAGUUGUUAUCCAAAUUUAUGACAGUUUUUAACAAGGAUUUUGAGAAAUAAUAUAAAUUGUAUUGAAAUUAUAAUCAAAUAAGUGUGCAUUCACUUUGAUUUUUUUGUUAGUGAGUUUUCUGUUCUCCCGUUUUCCUAAAAUAACAAUGAACCUCCUCCUAUCAAGAUCACAAAUGUGCCAAAAACACUUUGGCCCAUGCACCCAAGAAAUUUGAGAAAU